AAACAGUCUCCGAAGAGAAAGAAAGUUCCAGAACUGAUCAAUAUCACAUCACAUUAAUAUACCGUUCAGGGUAAUAGUUCUUAUACUCGGUACUAGGACGAAGCAAAGCAAAAACUUCCAUCUAGAGAUGGCUGCCUUUUGGCUCAACGGUUUGAUCUUUCUAACUAUCAAUGUUUUGAUGGUGACAUCCAACUCUCAAUUCUGCGCCAGCGUUUUUAAAGCUCAAGUUGGUAAGUAAAAACACCUGUUCGCAAAAAAAUGUUUUAGCCUACUUCUUGUAGUUUUAUAACACAAAAAAUUCCACUUUCUAUCGAUAUAAACAGAAAUUUAACAAAUUUUAACAUUUCAAAUAAUAAAAAACAGUUCAUUUGGUCAAUUUCAAUAUGAUUAAUUUAAUACAUAAAACGUUUUUCCCCUUUACGAAGCAACAGGAAGGCAUAUCGUCUUACCUCGAAAGCAGAUGUGGAGGGUCUUGAGUGUCUUCGAAAAUUUUAGAAGUUUCCUUCUAAAGGUCCUCUUAAGAUCCACUGGCCUCUGAGAUUCGAUAAGAUACAGCUGUAAGCUCUCAUUUUUCCACAGUUCCCACGUUCACUCGUAUUGCCAUCCGUUGCAGUUUUUCUUUCGCAACAGUAAUAAUCUAAAUAUCAGGCUUGAAACUCCAAGAUACUAUCGUCGAAAUAGACGCUGAAGUUUUGUUUACAAACCGACUAUUAGCAUAUUCUGCCGGAUAGGUAAAGGACAUUUUCACAUUUUUCCUCCCAUUUUUUACUUUCUCUUGUACUUUUUUUACCCGGUUCAAAUAGCCCUGCAAGCUCGGAGUCCGCCCCCUGCCUCCAUCCCGUGUUGGUACAUCAAACCAGACUUGGAGAUUUAUUUUUUAAUGAUGUAAUAUGUGACUUGAAACUGAAAUUUUCACCACAAAUUUCGGACGGAAAGAUCUGAGGAAACAAGGUGAAUCGACCUACCAGGUAAAAAAUAAUGGAGAGGAGAAGCCUGACGUCACGUUACCAUGGUAGCAAAAUUUCUGGAUAACAAAAAAUAGCGAGCUUAAGCAACGGCAACUUCGCAGUGAGAACGGGAAAAAAGCGACAGGUUUAUAUUAGCAAAACAACAACUUGGGCUCCUGACAAAUCCAAACCACGAUGCAGUCCACAUAACGAAAAAAACACCCUUUACCCCUGUUUCACUGGAAGAAUGAAAUCGGUUUACUCGUGGAGUAUCACACGCAAUUUGGAAGAUCGAGGGUUUAAUUGAGGACGGUCCCGUUACGCUUCUUAAGGUUCAAGUUCAACCAUAGAUCGAGCUUCUCCAACCCACCCUGAAAUUUUUGCAAUUCGGAUUUCUUUUUUUAUUUUGUUUUGUUUUGUUUUUUUUUUUUUUUUGGGGGGUGGGGGUUGUAAAGCUAAAAUUUUGGAAGGCUAGCUUAGCGGCCGUCGAUUAAUUAGGAAUCCCUCAACUAAAACGAUGAAACGAGACAUCUUAAUAAUUAAAUACAAUAUCAACACUGCACUUAGCAGAUGGCUCCAGGCCCAAAACUGUUCAAUCACCCAUCUCUUUAAUUUUACCCUAUGGUUCAAUUGCCCCACUCUAUUCCCCUGUGAAUGCCCAAUAGACAUAACAUUUCAAUAGCUAAUUUAUUUCCCUUAGCUUCCAUUGAGUCUGGCCGUAAAUCAUUAGUAUUUUUUCAGAAUAAUUUAUAUUUUUUAGCUCGGCAGUCACAUGUAAGAACCCCCGUCCUGGACGCUUACAGCGGUAAUGCAAGCGUUCUCUGGGGCGUGUUAUUACUAGAAUUCGUUCGUUGUAUCAUUGCUUUUUCAUCUUACCGUGCUUUUUUAAAAUAUGAGAAGUUCCCUUGCACAAAAAAAGUACACUUGUUUUGCAGGCUUACUUGAAAAUUUAGUUAAGCUCGACUUUCAAAUUUUAAUUUAGUAGUUCUAAAUACACUCAUGAAUUAAUAAAUUGCGCUGUCCGGGAGCUGCCACUGCAAUAGAGUUUUACAAUUAAACAAACUGAAACUGAACACCCACAGUAUAAGGCUGAUAUGGAAGAGCGCAUGUACAUGUAGCUACUGUGGAGUUCAGCAAAAAAAAAUUGUGUCGAUGGCUACUUCGCGGCUCAUUCGUUUGUUUUUUCUGAUCGUUUUAACGUUCUGGUCGUAAGUUUACUGGUGACAUCUAUCUCGGACUUCCGUGCGAGCGUUUUUGAAACUCAGAGUGGUAAGUUAACCCCUGCGGCUUUAUAAAAUGUAUUUCGAGACCUUUUUCAAUGUCUCUGGGGCAAAAUAUUUUUAUUUUUCUAGUUUUAGUCUAAAGUAGAGUUUUUUAUUACAUCUUUUAAAUACUCAUCAUUUUAAUAAAUCUAAGAUAACAAACUCGCACAAAAGAGCACUUUGAAAGCAUUUCCAUUAUUCCGAAUUGUCUCAUGUUAAAAUUAUUCUUAACUGUUUUUACUUUAUUUUUACUUCUGUCGAUUGUCACAUGUAUUUAAUUCCAAGAUUGUCACAUGUAUUUAAUUCCAAUUUAGCAAGCAAGAAUAUCUUUCAUCAUAAAAUGUACAGCUAAAUUCAAUGAAAAAAGGUAUGUCCUUGGACAGGUUCAUGUUUAACCCUGCUGAUGGUUUCAUAUUCCUUCGUUUUUCGUAACUUUAUCUUUCAGACCAUAUUUUAGUUGAUCAUGUCAUGAAUGCGUCUACUGUUGUUAACGAGUUUGAAUGUCACCACAAAUGCCUCAGAAAUAACAGUUGCAAGUCAUUUAAUGUUCGUCCUGGUGCAGAUAUUUCAAAACGACUUUGUGAGCUGAACAACAAAACACGCAAGAUGACGCCGGAAAGCCAGUUCAGAAAGAUGAAAGGAUCUUCUUAUUAUGGACCUGUUAAGGUGAGUUCUACUGAUUGAACAUCAACCAUGGGUUUUCACUUAACAAAUAAAGAAGCCCUAACUGUGUCCUGUUCUGUUGUAAAGUACGCAGUGAGAGGCCGCCGAGAGCAUAGGCUACGGGCCGCCGGCGGGGCGAGGGGGCUGCAGCCCCCAAAUUUUGGGCAACUCAGAUUUUGGGGCAGCAAGAGAAAAUUUGGCAAAGCCAGUUUUCAAAGACGUUUCCAUGUUUUUUUAUUAGUCUAAAGAGACAAAUAUUUUCUAUUUUAACCUGAAAAAAAUCCUGAAGUCAGCGUAAUAAUCCAGUUACUUUCUCUCGAGACACUCACAGUGGUUUCCUAACACGUGAUGAGUUCCUGGUUAUAAGGAAGGGUAUCAUUUGUUGAUUUACAUAUUUAUAAUUUUUUUUUGUUGAGCACCGUACUGCACUGCACUGACUGGAAUGGGCUCUUUCUAGUCGUGAAUUGAUUAGAAUAAACUUCCGCAUAUCUUUCUAGAAUCAUCUCCGCUCGUAGAACAGUGUAUGGCAGAUAGCAUCAGCAACAGUGGGUGUGAAAAUGAAGAAGUGGCUAACUUGUGCUCAGCUCGAAUUACGAGAAGAAUAUUAAAUUUGUUUAAAAAUCUAUCAAGCAAUAAUUUAUUAAAGUAGACCGAAAUGUUUACAAAACCGCUAACAAGAGCGCCUCGAUACAUACUAAUGAAAUCCUUGUCUCUAGCAAUCGGCCGGAGCUAUCUCGAUGAUCAUAUCUUUUCCACACAUUUUUAAAAAGAUUGAAGCUACCAUGAGGUGAAAUUGCUUUUCAAAAGAGCUUCGUUUUCUACAAAUAACGGCCAAACAUCAAGAUAUUUUUUAACCAUAUUUAUAACGAUAAAAACUUCAUCCCAAAAUAUCCCAAUAACACUGCUAUAGAUUCCUUUUUAACUUCACGAACAUCGAGGCGACUAUUGGAGAAAAAAGCUCCCGUGAAAAAUUUUGUAGGAACAGUUCCCAGUGCCGAGAAAUAUUGCUGCAAGUAAAAUAGACAAUGGCGUCAUUUCGUUGCUAUGACAAUUCCGAUGUCAUUAAAACCCUGCUCAUGAUGAAUUUUCAUCUUUAUCUAAUAAAACUAUGGUAGCAAUUUUUCCAAAUGUUUGUCUAUGGCGACGUAGUUAUUCUCCAAAUUAGGAGGUAUUGACCCUGAAAAACUGUCAUAGCAUCGAGCCACCUUCAUAUGCCAGUACGGCCUACAUUAUUGCAUCGUAUGGCCCUCUUUUCUUUUCUACUGUUUCGUAAAAAUUUGAGCAACUUGCGAGAAUUUUUUGGACAAAUGGUUUACCGCCUCCCCUGGCAAAAAAUUGCCCGUACGCCUAUAGCCGAGAGCACGGAAAAAGUGUAGAGGGAAACAGGAGACGAAGUCGAGUGUUUCUCCCUACUUCUCGAGUGUUUUAAUUAGCCGCUUCCUAAGCACUUUACAAAAGAACAGAGCACAGUCAAGGCUUCUUCUUUAUUUGUUUUAUGAUAAAGAAUCCGUUAAAUUUCCCACGCGUUCUUAUUUCAAAACAAACUUUUUUUUUAAAGCGAACGUAAGUGUCGUCAUCGUGUUCUACACUGACUCUCAUAAAACACGCUUAAAAUAGCCAAUCACAAUCCUUUUUAGAAUGGGCCAAAUGAUAUGAUUGGUUGAAUAAGCCAAAAGCUGUCAAAGCUGUCAAAGACUCAAAGAUAUCACAAAGUGAAACGAGCUAAAUGUUCUAUGAAUUUGAAUGCAGAAGAAAUGUUAUUUUUACGUCCAAAACCAAAAAUUGGGUUUCUUAAGGUAAAAACUGCUUUUAAAUCCGGCCAAUUCGGCGGUCUAUAAAAACCUACACGUCAUCAACAUGACAAUUUGGAAACAACUGUUUUAGCUUCCGAUCGAAAAAACUGAAUCUGAAAGUAAGAUAAGAUUCGACUUCGCAGAAGUGAUGUUGUAGUCUCGCGAUCGUGACAACUUUAGCUCCGUGUUUUAUACUCUCAUAAAACAUGCUUUUUCCACCAAUCAGAGUGCGCGUUAUAGCUGAGCUUUAUAAUAAAAAAGACUUCAAGAAAAAACCUUGGCUAAAACAACUUAAAAAACUUGUUGUUUACGACGAACACCCUGUUCGGUUUUAUCGUAUUUCAAAUAAGAGAUAACAGACAAAUAUUUAAGUUCUUACACUUCCGGCUCAAAAUCUCUGGAUUUUCGAGGUCUCCUCAUGAAUUUACUGAUAUUAUAAGAAUUCAAGUAGUUAUGUUUUCAGAACUCUAGUAUAUAUCGUAAAUAGAGAAUACUUCAAGUGGCAAGUGCUGGCGUACGGUAUUUACGCACGAGUUGUUGACGUAUCAGAAAUCGAAAGAGUGAGCGCAGCGAACAAGUAAGAUUUCUGAUACAAAAACAACGAGUGCGUAAAUACCGUGCAAAGCACUUUCCAUGUGGUAUUGUGUUUAUUAUAUACAUACUGAGACAUUCAUCAUUUUGGCGGCCUUUUUAUUUUAAAUCUUUCAAAAAUGCUAAAAUUUGCCGCUACACACUUACCGCAAAAUGACAACGAAAACGAAGUAUCAGCUUUUUAAUAAAAACGUUUGUUAAAAACAUAAAUGACGGUGAGGAUAUGAGGUAAUCCAAGAACUAUAAGUAAUCUUAACUGUUUGUUCUCAAUGCACAAUUGAAAAUGAGUGAAUUUAAGGAAAAUGGUCGGUUUCAAUAUAAGCUUAAGCUUAAAUGAAAGACAAAGUAGUUCCGACAAAAACCGCAACAAAAGCUUACGUCUCGUUCUGUUUAUCCCUUUCGGCUGUUGUUUCGCCGGCUCUCUACCGUUUUCUUUAUCGACAGUGAAACAAACGAAACUAUUCCACUCCAUUUCCGAAAUUUUUUUUCACUUUUUUAGCGAGAAAUACUCUUUGAGUAAAACUUUUCUCGUUGAAUGUGUGCGAAGCGGCACUGUAAGCUGCAAUAAAAGGCGGGAAUUUUGGCGCGAGACUCACACACCUCUGUGGCUUCUGAUUGGACGUAUCAUUUUUCUCACACGUGAAAAAACAUCGUUCGCGAAUCUGAUUGGACGUAUCAUUUUUGUUUUCACGUGUGAAAACCAUCGUUUGCUCCUCUGAUUGGCGAGAACUAAUUUGCGUACGAAAAUUUACGACAUAGCUUUUUGGUGAGUAUUUCUCAGUAUGUAUAUUAUAAAUAAUAGUUUUGAUAACAUUUUGUUUUAAAUAACGAUUUUUCUCACUGGUUUGCCUGACUGGCUUAAAGCAGCUUAAAGGAUAAAUGUUUGUUAUUACUCACACGGUAAAUAUCGUUUAUGGAAGAAAAUAGAAAGAAGGUAUACUAUCAACAUAUUUACUUGUAUUGCUUCUAAAGCAAAUAAAACUGAUGAAAACCAAAGCACAUGAUGACGUCAUCCAUAGUUUUAAGAUAUUGUUUGAUGUUUGUAAUUUCAAUUCGUUAUUUUCUUAUCAGGUUUCCUGCCAAGAUUUGCCGACCAAGAAGAAGAAACAAACUGGUUAUUGUCAUCCGAACUACAAAGGAAAAAGAUGUGAAAUUCGUGAGUAAAGCUCGUCAAUUUUUCAAUUUUUCAAUUUGAUUGUAUGAUUACCACACGGCGGAGCAAAUAUUUACCAUAAAUAGUCAUUUGUUUUAUUAUCUGCUGCAGCAAGGCGAGGCUGGAAUUCCAAGGACCCUGCUUAUUCCUGUAAGAGCAUCCGGGACUCUGGUGACUCUAAAGGAGACGGGAGGUACUGGAUCGACCCUGAGAAAAGUGGAACCCCAUUGAAAGUUUACUGUGACAUGACAACUGAUGGAGGUGAGAUCUGCUCCUAAAAAAUCUGAAAUCGUGAGCAAUUAUAACUCAUUCAAAGUACUUUUCCGUUUCUGAUUGAAAUAAAUUCCCUGACUUAUUCUUUAUAAACAGCUACCAUUAUCAAAUUUAAAGACAUCUACGUCAAUUGUACAGAUAUCUUUUGAGCGAGGGACAGCCGAAAGCGUGGUAGUUCAUUUUUUUAGCAAAGCUGAGGAUUCCCUUAUUUGGCCAAGACUGAAUAGGGUAUGGUUUUCAGGGUAAUACAAGUUUACUAAUUUACGUCUUAAACAGCGUAUCUUUUCUGACUGGAAGCGAAAGCUGGCGAUGCGCGGUCUACAUACCGAGGUACCAACAAUAUAUUUUCAAAAAAAAACUCUAAUUUCAUGAUGUUAAUAUAAAAAGCACCUCUAAAUUCCUUGUGUAAAACGAAGUGAAUCAGAGUUCUGAAAUUAGGUCUCUUGUCUUUAACAGGGUGGCAAAAUAAACAAUUUUUUGUCUUAAACAGGGUUAGGGCUUGAAGGGCUGGGCGACUCCUCCCCCACCCCACCCCCAUCCCGGAGGAUUUCAUACGUUAUGCGUGGGAGACAGCCGUUGAACUACUGUCUAAACAUGUCACCGUGGCAAUGAGUGACAACGGCGUGCUAAAAUAUGCAUCCCGAUGAGGCCUUUCAAACUAUUUUGCUUCAAAGACCUUCAAUAAAUUUUGCAGCGUUAUUAUUUUUUCUUCGCGGCAUCAACAGGCAGCGUAUUUUUGGACUCAAUUCGAUUGCGUGACCGAAAAUUACCUUGAAUGGUGAACAAAACAGGCUGAUCUAAAUUGUCGAAAUAGCAUAUUGCUCUUACAUUCUCUGCAUUACGUCAUAAAAGUUAUGUAGCACUACCUUAUUUUACAUCGCUUCGAGAUUCAUUCUGCCUCGGAACUUUCGCGCGUGACUUUACUAUGGCGCCGCCUCGCAGUCUCGUGUCUGCUCGUUGGCAAUUAUUUGAAUAGCUGAAGAAACAAGUUGGGGUGCGUUUCUUUACAAAAAAUACCAAAACGGAUUAUUGAUACAAAUGAUCUACAAUAAGGGAGGAUUCUUUGUAUCAUAUCCAAAACCGCAUACUUUGGAUGCAUGAUCCGAAGCGUUUCUUUACUACGGAUCCGAAAAGAGUGAAUACAGUCGGCGGUAACUCGAAACAAUUUUAAUACAUACAGCAGCUGUUUUGCAACGUAACGCUGCUCAUCUCAACGGCCAUUUUUAAACUCGAGGCAUGAAUUAAACGAUUGACUUUAUCCCGCGUAAUUUUUAUCGGGAUAGUAAAAUCGCAAUACAAACGGGACUUGCAUUGUUCUAGUUCUAAACGGCAAGUCGAGACACUUCGCCGGAGCGACGUGCAUCAUUUUACAAUAACGUUUCACGAUGGCGAGACUGUUCAGUCAGAUCAAUCUGCUCUAUCCUGCGUAGUAGCAGGCGUCGAAAGGGGUAGGGGAUAGAGAGGAAGGGAAAAAGGAAGGGGGAUUGGGGAGAGAGGGUAAGGGACGCCUGCUAUAAGAACCCCCUUUUGUUCAUUGCUGCGGACGCUGGCGUUCGCAAAUUCCUGUUUGGCUGAGCCGUAAUGAAUAACUUAUUGGCGUGUAUCCUGGCGUAUAUUAGUGAGAGACAAACAUGAUGAAGGCAUCAAGGAAAUGUGUUCUACUGCCAUAAGCUUUGGAAGAUCAAAAUUACUCCAAUCAUGCAGCAAAUUAAAGUUAAAACCCGAACUGGAACCAACUGUAAUAGCUUUAAAAAAUAAUCCUGAAAGCCAUCACGUAAGGCCAGAAUCGCUUGAGGCUUUUCAACCCACUUACGCAUCAAGCAAGGUGAAGUAGAGUAAGCUACAUUUUGAAAACGAUGCCAUCCGAAAUCGGAUUUCCGAUGAAUUCCACAAGCGGUGUAUUUGUCAACCAAAAAUCCAUUAAACAAACCAUCCACGAAUAACAGAAGAAUCUUAAUAGCGAGCUGCAUUUAAUGAAUUUUGUACAUCCAGUGGAAAAAGACAAUUAAAAGCAUCAUAAGAUGACAAAAACCCCGUCAGCCUCAGCUAUCUGCGUAAACAAGUUUCCAAAUGCUGCAAAAUAUUUCCACAUGAAUUCACCAGUCAAAUUUUGACCAAUCGAACAAAAAAAUUGGGAGUAGAGCAUGGCCAGCGCAUGACUAUGGUGAGAAAAGCAUCUGCCUUCCCUGCGUUUUAGAAGCUGACUAAAUUUUCGCGUCGGAAGUCAGUUUGAAAUCAAAAUUUUAAUUGUUCAGCUCAUAAACACAACUUAUUUAGUGUGCAUUGAAAAAAAAUUGACUUUGAAUCUGCGAAUAUUUGAAAACUAGUAACUUCUCAGUGGAUAACUUCAAAAAAAACGUACACUCGAUGGGUCAAGAAAUAAGCCCUCGAUACGGUCAAGUGACACUGGUCAGCGGAUACUCUGUUAUGACAGCUGUCAACUGACCACGACAUGGAUGUGCUAAAUCAGGUUGCAGGCUCCCAAACUAGCUAGAAAGUGUGAGAUUUAAUAUUGGUUUCCCUGUUGUGCAGACGGACGGAUGGUCACGUGACUACUAAAUUUUCUCAGACAGAUAGAAGCGCGCACGUCGAGCUUCCCUAUUAAAACAGCCAUUCUUAUUGAUUUUACAGAAUGUAGAACAAAUAAUAAAAUACCUCUUUAUCUUCACAUUUUUUUCAGGAGGCUGGCUUCUUAUUUCCAACAUCACGAUGGAAAGUUCAACUCCUCCCUCUCAGCUGCCAGUCAAGACUUCAUACCGUGGAAUAACCAGUGAUCAGAUGGUUCUCACAAAAACCGCCAUGAAUGAGUUGAGAACACACUUGUCUUUCACCCAACUGAGAUUCCACUGCAGUAAAAAUAAUGGACGUACAUUCCACGUGACCACUGCUGCUGACAGCUCUGGUGAAGCUGUAGUGAAGUACCUCAGCGGUCAGACGGAUGCCCAGCCCGCCUCGUGUGGCUCAUACGUCAGAAUGGAAAAUGACAACUCAAGGUUAGCAGGUGCUUGCCAAAAUUGGGAAUUGGCUAAAUGGGGCCAUGCACCAUUUGAUGAAGAGAGAUUAUACAACCACCCUGCUUGGGUUCCUUAUUUAUAUCAUUGGGCGCUUAAUCAUCCAGGCGGCAGUGGAAGAUGGGAAUGCGAUGAUUAUCUUGUUGGCGUGAACACCGGUGAUUUCUGGAAAAUUUACGUUCGCUAAAAUGUUUGUGUGUUGAUGUCUGUUUUUAUUGAUAGUCUUCAGUGGCUGUAGAAGUUUCAACUUUUUAACCCGCCAAUUUAUUCAUUUACAAAAACGUCUUUCUAGAAGGAGCGAGGACCAUAAAUAAAAGGCUAUAAUCAGUAGGCCAUUUGCAGGAUGACGUCAUUUACUACUACUACCAGAAUGCUUCAGUGUUUUGCUUUCUUGUGCAAAUUAGAGCUUUUGGUGAGGGUGCCAAUUGGUUAACUGCUUAACGUAUAAAGGCCUUUUUUCACUAUCGUAAACGUAUAAAUUACAAAAUAUCAACUGACAAGUGUAUAAAAACAGGUAAUUGUUUAAGCGUAUAAAGAGCGAAGUAGCCCCAAAAGUUAGAAAUUGAUUAAUUCAAACAAAUGAAGACUUUCUGACAUGAAAAGACGAUAUGGUGAGACAGAAUGAUAGAGAUGUACUUGACAAUCUUCCCUACACUCUAGUCUGUUCGCUGACGUAUAUGCGACUGCAGCGUCAUUCUGUGAUUAAGGUGAUUCCCUGGUUUUGCACUGCGCAUCUCUUACUGCGCAUAACAAGAUGGCCUCCGUAAAAAAGAGCAUGUGAAGUAACAUUAUUCAAAUGAAGUUGACCGAAGAGAAACGCUAUUGCAAUUUUUGCUUGCGGUUGUUUCUUGCCGAGGUGAGACUCAAUUUGGUGUGAAUGUGCACAACGUAAGCAGUACGCGUGUUGCUGAGUUCGACUUCCUCACGGAGAACCUCGAUAGUGGAAGUUUAAUUAGUGCUUAUUCACUUUGAUUUUCAUUUAAACGCUUUCUUUAUCUCGAUGUAAAUUCUGUAAAAACGGAUUUUUUAAUACUUCCUUCCCCCUUUCGCAUACAUUCUAUUUUGAAACUCGCCCCAGUCCUCUCUCAAAAAUCAAGGAAAAUGCAUUUGGUGCGCACUUUCUGCAGCUCUACCGCAAAAACGAGUACGGUUACCCCCAUUUUUUAUUUCAUGAUUUUAAUAAGGACAGUGCUUCCUUUCGGUGAGAAAAAAUUGGCACAAAUCUAUGUUCAGUUUUUUGGCAAUUUUACUAAAUUGUACGGAUUGAGCUAUCACGUGUCGAAUAGCGCGUGUCCAAUUUAAUUCUACUUUGGAGCGUAAAGAAAAAACAAGGGCAUUAAAAGGCAUUUUUCUGGUACGUAAGUGGAUAAACAAUAUAUUAAAGUCAAAUUCUGUGCGAUACCACAUGCAUCAUUGAAAAAAUCUUUCCUUUUUGUCUAGUUUUGGACUGCGCGCGGUUUUUGUCAGAGGGUCCAAAAUAGCCGUAUUUGUCAGCAUUUUGACGUCAAAACGAGCACGGUGAUCCCCACUUUUUAUUACCUUUUUAUCAUCCUCUUGACUUGUUACAUCAGAGUACCAAGUUUCAUCUACAAUCUAUGUUAGGUUCUUUUACUAGGGAAUCACCUUAAACCUGCAUUCGAACUGCGUGCGGUUAUGUCUCUAAAUUCAAAGGGAAACAGACAACUAUUUCACAGUUAAAAAGACGGAAUCUUGUUUUGAUACAACCCUUACUGCUUUCUUGUGUAAAUCACGUUGUUCUUAUGCUUAACGUGAAGACUAGGUUAUUAUAAGCCCACAACUGUAAAAUGGUUUAUUUUCUCACUAUACCUCUUUGCUUGCGUGAUCUUGCAAAUAGGUGUUUGUAUUGCCUGUAAUGCGGCGUAAUAAUACUGAAUGAAGUCUAAUUCCGCCUGUAAUCUUAUGAGCGAUAAAACAAAAUCGGAAGCGCGCGCAACCGCGUUAAGCGAUAAUCGGAUUUGUCUAAUCCUCUGAUAAGUAUAAAUUACAGAUUGUUAAUUGGACAAGAAGUUUUAGUACCGAUUCCCUUGCCUUACCUUCAGAACACAUUCAAGAGUGCGCGUGCAAUGGCGCAUACUUCAUUUUUCUGUCCAAUUAUACUAACUUACGCAUGACACGUACUUUCCUAUUACAUCGUCCUAUUAAAUUAAUGCUGAAAUCAGGGCUGCCGAUAGCCAAUUAGAUUAGAUAAUUUUGUUUUAGUUAUGACAAGCGGGACAAUGACUGUGCAUAGAAAUUCAGAUGUCAUUGAGCGCUUUUGUUCAAGAAUUUUAUUCACAGAAAGAGGAUGAAGAGAAGAGUGGUGCUGUCGUCCAGGCUCAACACCGAGACAAAUCAGGGCGUCGGUUAGGCUGGAUUUGUAAAAAAAAUAGUUCACUUCAGACUGAUUUGAUGAAGUGUUAAAGAAAAUAUGACAAACCAGUACACUGAAUCCUGGAAAAGUGGGAGAGAACUUGGGAGUCUUUGUGAAGUGACUGAUUUGGGAACCCCAUCCUAUAAACAAUUUUAAGGUCUGCGGGGCUCUCAAUCAUGCCAAUUAACUGACUAAACGUUUUUUGCUGCAUACUGACUAACUAGUGUUAUUUUAGCUGUUCACUGACUAAGUAGCAUAUUUUUAGCUGUUUACUGACUACAGCUAUACCCCAUUGACACCCUCUUUGUUAUUUAAACCUCGCUGGGAUUACAAAAUUUAAAUAUGGAAGGAAAAACGAAAUUGAUUCUGGUGGUAAAAGUACCAGUAGUAAAAUAACGCCAUCGGGCAAAUGGUCUAUUGCUGACUUGGAUGAAAAUAUCUUGAUUAUCCAGCGAUUUAUAUAACAUGAAUAAGUUAUAGCUGUUACGAGAGAUUUUUCUUAUAUUUAUCGUUUUCAGUAAGCC